AUGUGUAUAUUCUGGGAUAUCAUGGGUCGUCAUGUUCUCGGUAAAGUUUCCCCACGGCAACGGACCCGAAUCAGAGACCUGACGGAGCUCAAGAGCGACGUCGUUGACCUGGUUCGCUCGAACCUGACAAGCAGAAUCCUCGAUCGAUGCGACAACAGAGAAGAUUUCGAAUUGGCCGACCAAGUGUACUCAGAGUACUGUGCCAUGAAUAAAGGUACCACAGCCUUUGCGGCGGUCGCCAUGCCGCCAGGAGAUAUGACAUAUCACAUCACAGCCUUAUCCCAAUACUCUUCUCUUCCCGAGUGCGCCAGAGAGGCUGUUUCAAGCGCUGUUAUUGACCAAACAAGUUGGAACUGUGCUGCAGGCCCACAAGCCAUUGCCUCGUGUGUGUGCAUCAAGGAGGGAAUGCUCCACAAGGUCUAUGAGAGCAUGACAGCACGCGCAGGAAGCAACUGCGGCUUCACAAACAAGGAGCCCGUAUAUUCAGCCAUCGAUGUACUGAACUACUACUGCAGCGCCGCCGAGAACAAAGUUGUUGCUCUGGUCACUGAUACGGCCACCCAACUAUACCCUACAGCCUCGGAAGGCGGAGGAGCUGGGGCGGAUGGCGCGAGGCAGACGGGGGGUAAUUCCGUAAACGAUGACCAAAGUGAGAGCGAUUCAGCAUUUGGCCCAGGAGUCAUUGCUGGCGCUGCCGUUGGGGGCGUUGUUGGCCUUGCUGCCAUCAUUGGGGCUGUCGUCUGGUUUGUGCGGCGACGCAGGAGGGCGCACGAUGCUGGGAUGGCUGUCAUUGCGCCUCCCAGUGAUCACCCCAAGCCAGAGCUCGACGGCAGCGGCCAGAAUGUACCUCGCGCCGAGCUUGGUGCUCUAGUGAGCAGCUUCACACAAGCACAAAAGUCAUUGUCGCCUGAUCAGGAGACUGGCGGUUCUGAACUCCAGGGCACAACCGUCGUUUCCGCAGAAUGGCAAGGCUCACCAGCGGAACUGAGUGGGGAUACUUAUGAAAGACGCAGGGCUUGA